UAACAGCGUGAAACAAGUAAACGAUCCUAUUUGGGGGAAAGUUUUUUGCAACAUGUUGUUGACUAUGCUUUUACGUAUCUUUAACUUUCUAGAUGUUAGGAUUGCACUUAUCUUUAAAAUUGUAGCACUCAUUUGUGCAACUAUUUUUGUUUCAUCGUUCCCAUUUCUGACAAACACAGAAUUUCUGCUUAACCUAACCACAUACCUGAACACCGAUACGGAAAACAAUUUCAACAAGAUGAUUCACUACAUAAAUAAGACAAUCUCUAACAAGUCCACGGGGAACUUUGAUGUCUUCACCGAACCCUGUAACUCAUCUGGACUCGCCUGUACAAGCAACUGCUCAAGGCCUUUGAGUGAGUCUUACAAGGACCGUCUGCUGGAUGUCCUGUCGUCUGCCAACCUAUCUCUCUCGAGCCAGGAGUUGAAGGAUAUUUUGUCAGUCGGCGACUCCAUCCCAGCGGAUGACGUCAUCAUCCUGUCGGCCGCCUCGUCCAAUCAUUUUGACGAGAUGCAGGGGAUGUUCUACAACCUGCACAACCACGUACUUCCGGUGCUGAAUAACGUCACAAUCGUGCUGUUCGACAUUGGCCUAUCAGAGACUGAGAGAAACAAGACAGAGAAGCACUGCCGGUGUAAGGUUGUAAGAUUCCCCGUAGAAAAAUUCCCACCACAUGUUGCAAACAACUACUGCUACUCAUGGAAACCAAUUAUAAUCAGAAGCACAAUAGAAAAGGCGAGAAAAUUGUUGAUCUACCAAGACUCAUCCAUACGAUGGACGUCUCGCAUCACGGAUACCAUGGCCCGAGCGUCUAAUGUUGGACUGGUAUUUUUCCGGGAUUCCCGUUCAUGGAGGAUUCCAGUGCAGACGGUCAAAGAGACCUUCGACCACUUCGGUGAAGAGCCGUGUGCCUUCGAUCCUUUCCCUGAGUUGACAGCCGCUGUGUCGUUGUAUGGCAGGAAUGUCUUCAACACCAGGGCUCUACUGGAGCCUUUGGCCAAGUGUGCUCUGACGUCACACUGCAUCUGCCCACCUGGCUCCGAGUCCAAUUUUAACUGUUAUCCGCCCAAGGUGUACCAUGGGUGCCACAGGUUCGAUCAGUCGGUGCUAGGGAUGAUAACUGCUAAACUUUUCAACCAAGAUUUUGGUCGAGUCAUCUCCCCUUACUUCAACAACGAAGUUAGCCUCCAACGAGGGGAUGACAAGCCUACCUAUUUUGAUUAGUUGAUUUACAAAAGUGUUUUUGUUUUUAAUUGAAACUAUUUAUUGUUAAGUUUUUCUCAAAGUGUUCUCUAUAUCAAUUAACUACUUUAACUUUAGAAGCGUAGACCAGAAAAUGUAAAUAACGUUUUUGAGA